UAUGGCUCACGUAAUACUGAUGGCGAGCGAAUUCUUGAAUAUGCAGAUUCGCAUAAUCUCGUCAUUGUAAACACGAAAUUCCGUGACUCUCAUCUCAUUACCUUCUAUAGCGGUGAAAACAGAACACAAAUCGAUUUCGUCCUUGUUAGGCACCGCGAUCAUGGACUCGUAACGGACGCGAAGACAGUGCCGUAUGAAACUGUCGCUACACAACAUCGACCGCUGAUUUGUACGCAAAAGAUCGCCCCGCCGAAACCGGAUUCGCCGAAAGUUGUGGGCCAGCGAGAAUCAAGUGGUGGCGACGAGAAAGAAAAAGAAUCGGCCGUCGUCUCCCGCAUUCUAUUACAGGCGGUAACGACCGUCGAUGAAACUUGGAAGAGUGCUGUCGAAGCGAUAACCCGGUCGCGGUCGAAGCUCGGCAUGACCAAGCCUGGACGACGAAAGAUUGACAAGCAAACAUGGCUGUGGACGGAUCAUGUCAGGGAUAAAGUACGUGAGAAGAAAAAGCAAUACCACGCAUUCCUCUCGGAAAAGACAGCCGAUAAUUGGCAGCGCUAUCAGAUCGCGAAGAAAGAGGCGAAGAAGGUCGUUGCUUCUGUGAAGGCAGCUCAUUUUGCCGAAUUGAACGAGAAGCUCGAGUCUCGCGACGGUGAGCGGUAUGUUUACCGACUCGCAGAGACCCGCCAUCGCCAGACCGAGGAUAUAGAAAGGUUCUUCGGCAUAAAUGACGAGAAUGGUCACCUCCUGACGGACCGCAAGCAAACACUGAAACGAUGGCGAGAGUACUUCGAAAACAUCUCGACAGUCGAAUUUGCUCAUCCCGCCAUCCCUUGCGCUCCGCCAGUAUACGGUCCUGUCCAGAAGAUAACUGUGAGGGAGACAAUUACGGCUAUGAAGAGGAUGAAAUCAGGCAAAGCAACUGGUCCUGACGACUUAGCAGCGGACCUGUGGAAAUCGAAAUGCUGGAAUCCUGCAGGGUGNGGUCUCAACCUAGAUGUGUCCGGAAAGCGGCCUAGAGGGCGCCCAAAGCAGCGAUGGCCCGAUACGUUGCACGAAGACCUAAAAACGGUUAACAUCCACCCCAAUCAAGCGUUUAAUCGGGAGAAGUGGCGUCAACACAUCAGAAAAGCGGACCCCGCCUACAUGCGGGACAGGCGCUAA